UAAUGUAACUACCGCGGCUCGUGGCUGUGGUGUGGCCGACAAAAAGCAUUGCUAAAUUUCCCACGACUUUCUUCGAAAUUUUGAUGGCAAAAACUCUGAAAGCUGCGAUUCCUCUGCAUUCGAACCCUAAGAACUUGGACUCGGAGUGAUUAGCAUCGCCAUUGUAGAGGGAGAGACAGAAAUGGAGAAGGCUCUCAACAGGCAAACCGUUCUCCUCCAACAUCUGCAACCAAACUAUUCAUCUUCUUCGAUUUCUUCUCAGACCCAUGAAUCUGCUUCUCUUUCUGCUUCUGUUUGUGCAGCUGGAGAGAGUGCUUCACAUUCAUACCACCGGACUGCUGCUUUUGGAGACGAUGUUGUCAUUGUAGCAGCAUAUCGUACAGCUAUUUGUAAAGCAAGGAGAGGGGGUUUCAAGGAUACUCCUGCAGAUGACCUUCUUGCAUCUGUUCUAAAGGCUGUGAUUGAGAGAACAAAUUUGAAUGCAGGUGAAGUUGGUGAUAUAGUAGUUGGCACAGUUUUGGCUCCUGGCUCUCUCAGAGCAUCUGAAUGCAGAAUGGCUGCUUUCUAUGCUGGCUUCCCUGAAACAGUGAGCAUAAGAACUGUCAACCGACAGUGCUCGUCGGGCCUUCAAGCCGUUGCUGAUGUUGCUGCUGCCAUCAAAGCUGGAUUCUAUGAUAUUGGCAUUGGAGCUGGGUUGGAGUGUAUGACUCUUGAUAACAUUGGCCGUGUUAAUAGGAACAAUCCCAAAGUAGAUGCCUUUGAACAAGCUCGAGAUUGCCUGCUUCCGAUGGGCAUCACUUCUGAAAAUGUUGCCCAACGAUAUGGUGUGAGUAGGGAAGAGCAAGACCAUGCUGCUGUUGAAUCGCAUCGGCGUGCGGCUGCAGCAACGGCAUCUGGUAAAUUCAAAGAUGAGAUCAUCCCUGUUUCCACAAAGAUCAUCGAACCGAAAUCUGGCAUUGAGAAGGCAGUGACUGUAUCUGUGGAUGAUGGCAUUCGGCCAAGCACAAACCUGGGAGAUUUGGCAAAGCUGAAGCCAGCAUUCAAGAAAGAUGGCUCCACAACAGCAGGUAAUGCUAGUCAAAUUAGUGAUGGUGCUGCUGCAGUCCUCCUGAUGAGAAGAAGCACAGCUAUUCAAAAAGGACUUCCUAUUCUUGGGAUCUUCAGGAGUUUUGCAGCAGUUGGUGUGGAUCCAGCAGUAAUGGGAAUUGGACCAGCUGUUGCAAUUCCAGCAGCUGUUAAAUCUGCUGGUCUUCAUCUUCAAGAUAUUGACCUUUUCGAAAUUAACGAGGCAUUUGCGUCACAGUAUGUGUAUUGCUGUAAGAAACUGGGGCUCGAUUCGAACAAGGUUAAUGUUAAUGGUGGUGCCAUCGCCCUCGGCCAUCCUUUGGGUGCUACUGGCGCUCGGUGUGUAGGUACGCUGUUGCAUGAAAUGAAACGUCGUGGGAACAACUCUCGCUUCGGUGUCAUCUCCAUGUGCAUAGGCUCAGGGAUGGGAGCUGCUGCUGUGUUCGAAAGAGGUGACUCUGUCGACCACCUUUCCAAUGCAAGAACUGCGAUCUAGACUUUUUUGCUUUUACCAUAAGAAUGUGUAUCAAUCGACAACUUUGCACUUGUUUACACCAAUAAAAACUUAUCUUCACCUCUUAA